UCUUACCAAAGGCGGAACCAGCUGGCUCAGGCGAAAAGACACCGCGCAAAAACUUACGGGACGCACUAACUCGCCCACGGUUCGUAUCGCUCUUCACGGGGAAAAAGAGAAGCAGCAAACAGGAGAAGUGGAAGAAGCGGGGGGAAAAAUUCACAAUGAUGCCAAUGCAUUUCUUUUUCUCAGAUAAAGUGAUCCUCCUGUUUGACUUCUGGGACGUCCACAGCGUGGGAGGAAUGGUGCUCUCGGUGUUCGUGAUUAUGAUACUCACGGUGUUAUAUGAAGGCAUCAAGGUUGGCAAGGUAAAAUUGAUUCAACAGGCAAAGACAGCUGUUGCCCCUAGCAUCAGUCGGGAAAACUUGGGAGAACCCGAGGGGACCUCUGUGAACUCAAGUGUGGGGCCAACCACCAGUUCUCUAAAGAAGCGGCUUUCGUGGCACCUCGCUGAGACCCUGCUCCACAUGAUCCAGGUGUUUUUGGGUUACCUGGUGAUGCUGGCUGUCAUGUCUUACAACACGUGGAUUUUCCUGGGAGUGAUUGCUGGGUCAGCCAUCGGUUACUAUGUGGCGUAUCCUCUACUGUGCCUCAGAUAGCAGCACGGUAGCUCCUUCUGGAGAAAGCUCAAGUCUGCAGAUGAAGUGGAUUUUGCAACAGGAAUGGAUUAGAUCGGAACGAGUCAUCUCCAUGAGAGAUCUGAGGUUCUCCCGGCCUCAUUUUAGCGCUAGUCUCUGGCUAUAGGGUAGUUGCCACUUCUAAUCAUCAAAAAUAGUAAUGUUACUUCCACUUUCAAGUAGUUUUCUAAGUGCCUUAAAACUGACUUUCUCGUGCCCAGAACAUUAAUUUCAAGGAGAGUGCCAUCUGCUCCAUUGAGGGCUAAUGUGCUCGGUAGGAUUGUGGGCGAGGCUGCCUGCAAGCCCUAGAGAAUGUGUUGGGGAUGGGGGACCUCUGUCCAGUUCACCUUUGGCCACUCUUUCCUCCCUCUUAAAUCUCAACGUAAUUCUAACUUGCUUGGAAAAUAAAUUGCAGAGUGGCUGGCAGAGACCUUGCAGUGUAGAAACUGAGGGAGGAGGGGCAGAUAUAGGGAGUGAUGGAGUAAAUAUCCUACAUGUAUUAUCUACUGGGAGUACAAUACAGUAGGCUUUGCAAGCUUUCAAGGCGCAGUUGGAAGAGUUCUUCACCAGCGCCGCUAUCUGGAGCACUUUAAUAGCGGAUAGCCGUAUCAAACCCCGGUUUGUUUCUAUUCCAAAUAUUUAUCCUGCCCUUUGAGUUUUGUUCUCCCAGAUGCUUUCAUGAGGCCAAAAGCCAUGACAGCAAUGGGCAGUAAGAUUCAUAAUUUACCAAAGGGCCUUUUUCACAUGCUGCGUCAUUAACCUAAGGAACUCAGGGCCAGAAAGAACAGCUGCGAUCACUAUUUGGCUGUCUUUAAAGAAUUAUUUAGGGGACGGGGAGAAAAAAGACCAAUUCUUGGCAUGGUCAGUCAUGGAGUUGCAGUUUGCUAACCUCCAUUCCUGACUUGCAUGUCCAAAAGGGAUUAUGGGAGUUAAAGUGGACAGUAUCAAUAUGGGCUAAUGUAAUAGCCUCACUGCUGGGAUGACAUUAUAGGGUAUCGUAAUGCGGCUGGAAUUGGAUAGACCUGAGGCCUCUCCAGGAAUUUAUCCCUAAGUCUUUGGAAUACCUAUCUCUAAAAUCAGGAUAAAUGGGGUCUGGAUGGAAGUUGCAUGAACUGACCAUUUAGAACAGGAGAUAUUCAGAGACAACCAGCUUAAUUGGUUGGAAUCCAACCCCUGGCAGGCACAGGUCUAACAUCCUAAUUUCCCAGGAGCUUGGAUAGCUUCAAAUGAGUUACUUCUCGGAUUUACCUGCAAAAAUGCUGUGAAGGAAACAGAGGUCAUUGCUUUUACAAAUUCUGUGUGUUUAAUUCGCUGGUACCCAUUGUAAAUGUGUUGAACAUUCCUUUCUGAGAAUGGAGCAGUCCAAGGAACUCCAGAAUACUUCAUUUUGCCUCUAGACCAUGAUUCCCUUGGAGGAAGGGGGCUGAAAAAUCACAUCCAAAAAACUGUUAGGCCAUCCCCAGAAUUGCAUGAUCCGGAAGAUAAAUGCAGAGUCCCUUGGAAUGGAAUUUUGCACAUCCCUAGCACCCCGUGAAAUCUAUGUUAAAAACUUACUUCAAAUAAAAAUUAUGAAAUGUUAUUUUCUAAAAAAAAGUCCAAUAAAUGCAUUACUAAUUAUUUAUUAAUACUUUCUCAUCCAGUCGGCUUAUAGCUUUAAAUUAGUGGGUGGUCCAGUUAUCAUGUCUUCGUGUGUGUGUGUGUGUGUGUGUAAUCAUGCUACAACUUUUUUCUGUGCAGUUUAAUUCCCCUCUCUGGCAACAUCACGCAAAUGUGAUAAAGGAAAAUUGGUUAACACAACCAGAACAGCAUUCUCCCCCUCAAGUUUGAAAAUAGGCCUCGAUCUCCCACUUUUCAAAAUUCAAACAGUUUAUAUUGAAAAAUGAAUGAGGAACUGUCCUGCCCAGAAAUUAGGCAAUGCAUUUUUGUGAACUAACCUUGAAAGGAGGAAUCUCAACUUUAUAACCACCAGUUGGAGAGACAAACACAGAACAAAACUAGUCUUUCAGACAAAUGUUGUGUAAAAGAGGAGAUGGGCUGGACCAGGAUUAAAUAAAGCUGAAUUUUUUUAUUAAUAUAUAAGCACAUUCUCUUAAACAUUUGGUAUAAGAUUUGCAAUAUACUAUCUCCAUUGAGAGAGAGAGAGACAAGAGGAAAAAGACGCUUUGGUUCCCAACAGUAAGGCAUUAAAAGAGGACAGAAUGGUAGGAUCUGAGUGAGCAAUUUUCUCUCUCUCUUUCUCACUCUCCAAAAAGAGGAAUUACUACAAAUAUUAAAAAAAACAGGCACAUUGAAACUGGAAUGUUACAGCAGCAAGAUGGGAUGAGGCGGGCAGCGUUGAGGUGUUUGGAUCAUGGGCUGUUUCCCCGUGAAUCUUCCUAUUUCUGAAUCUGCUGAAGAUAAUAUUCAUGAGUUCAAAAAGGGCUCCCUUUCCCAAUUGGCACCACGUUUUCCUAGACGUUGAAUUCCAAUCAUUGGAGAUUAUGGAAGCCUCCAAGAGAGCAAUCCUCUGUCAGCAGAUCCAAAUGGGCUCAGGGCAAAAACGUGCCCAGGGCACCCAUAUUUUGCAUUUCCCAUGCACGGAAACACAGCAUGGGGAGGAAAGGCAACCAGGAGAGACACGAUGGCCAUCUUGGGGGAUGAAGGCCUGGAAAAAUCGGUUCUUGUAGGUUCAUUCCUCAAUCAACCCAGCCAAUGUGGGGAUGCUUAAGGGAGGAACCUUCAUCACUAACUGGGGAAGGGCCCGUGGUUUUCCCAGAACAGUAAAGAAAUCAGCCUUCACUGUCAGCAGCACAGAAGGGCUUUGGGGAAAAUCCAAUCUGGAAUGAUCCAACACCAGAAAACCUCCAGACGUGGCCAAGUUUCUGAUUCCCUCCCACUUUCUGGUCGACUGAAAUUCUCAAGACAGAGGUGGAAGUUUUUAAAAAAAGAAGACAUUCAAGAAGGUAAAAAAUCAAAGCCCAACCGUAUUCUCUUAUUCCUCCAGCAACGGAUGGACAGAUGGGCACGUCGCAGGGGCGCGUGUAUGUGUAUAAAUGUGGAUUAGAACUGACAUUUUGUAAAUCCAGUGCUAAAUGCUGAAAGCUCAGCGUGGCUUCCAAUUUGCAGUCCAUUUCACAGAUUCAGGAGGAAGGAGGGGAGGGAAAGGGGGCACGCAAAACGUACUUGGCUUAUGAGGGCAGGAUGGGAUUCCGAAGGCCCACUUCUGCUUCCUACCCUUUAUUUCCAAAUGCACUUUUGCCCACACCGCACAGGCAACUGGGAUCCCUAAAUUUACAGGGAAUGAGUUCCUAUUGGAAGGACGCCAGGGUGCCAGUGAUCUCACACCAUCUCCGCAUGAACGCUACUGAAUUUCUAAACACAACCUGCCAGAAUCUGCCAAAGCUUAGCAAAAUACCA